UACCACCACCCAUCGCACCGCAUAUCAGCAGAAUGCCGCUGCCCGACGAGCAUCCUCGCCAGAGCGUCGCGAACCUCAUCGGCCGCUUCGAGCAGCAGACCAAGCGGCAGUCCCUCACUGGCUCGCCCGCCCCCGCCACGCCCUCGCGCACCUCCAGCGUCGCCUCCCACCUCACCGGCGACUCCGCCAUGGAGGAGCUCAAGGAGAAGCGUGAAUGGCCUCCACGUCCGAAGCCCACCGUCGCUACGUUGACAUCGGAUGCUGAUCCGACGGUCCCACUCUUGCCAUCAAACGAGAGCAAACCCACGUCGCCCCAGGCCGAGCAUGCGAUAGCUUCGGGCCCAAUAUCGCCCGUGUCCGACCCACGCUCCUCUGGCCCACUCUCGGAUCCCCUGCCCUCUCCUCCAGAGACAGCUGUCCCCGUCCCCAAAGCCCCGCCGGCGCGCCAGUCGAGCAUGGGCAUCAUUGGACGUCCGUCCAAGACCACAACAGCCAACAAGCACACUCCCACCACCCGCACGCCCGUGCGCACAGCUACAAAAUCCCCACCUAGCUCCUUCCACGGCGAGCCUACCACAGCCUCCCCAUCAAAGUCUUCUACCGCGUCUAAGCCGCAGCUCGCAUCCGCCUCCGCCUCCGCAUCUGCAUCUACGCCGCCCCGGUCGCGCCCGUCCUCGUACAUCUCCCAUGUUAUUUCCACACCUGCACGCCCAAAGACCCCAUCGAGCAAGCCCCCAGCGCGCCCAAAGACUUCCUCGGGCUCGAGCAAGCCGCCAAACGCGACAAGCACAGCUAACGCCACCGCGCCCGCCCGGCCAAAGACGUCCGGCUCAGGUUUAUUCGCUCCAACCGCAGCGUCCCUCGCUCGCGCGCGCAACGCAGAAGCCUCCUCCGUCCCUGCCGUUCCGCGCAAGGCUGUGUCCGCGUCUGAUCGGCUGAGCAAGCCGACCGCGGCGAGUCUGAGCAAGGCGCGUGCGCCUGCGGCCGCGGCUGCAGCUGCGUCUACAACGGUGACGCCUGCGAAGAGUGUCGCGGCUUCGAGAGGGGCUGCGCCUGCGAGGAGAGCGGUUCCUGCGCUGGGUGCGGUGAGAGGAGCGGCGUCUGCGAGAGGGGGCCCGGCGAAGACAAGAGGCGCAGCGACAGCGGGUGCAAAGGCGAAGGCCGCGCCAGCUUCUUCGGCAACAGCAGUGGCGGAGCCUGAGCCCUCCCAUGCACACGAAGAGGCCGGUGUGCAGGAUCACGAAGAGAUCUCCACGGAAGUCCACGAGUCCGAGCACGAGCACGAAUGUGAGCACGAGCACGAGGAGCAACCCCAGAGCCCGAUCAGCCCCGUCGAGGCGCACGGGCAAGAAAACUCGGACAGCACGCUGAUCGACGAGCGGCACGGGGCCGCGGAGGUGAAGCAUGAGGAGGCGGGGAAGGAGGUCGUCGAGAUGGUCGAGCAGGGAGCGCAUGAAGAGGGAAGAGAGGAAAGUGAUCAUGAGGAGCCAGAGCCGGAGGCUGUCCUGACGGAAGAGCCUGAACAUGAACAUCAGCAUGUGGACGAAGAGGGUGCAUUCGAGCCCGUUGAGCCCGGAUCGUAUGGGGCUUUUUCAGAAUCGGAAACGGAAACCGAACCAGAAACAGAAGUGCACGAGCACGAGCAAGAGUACGCGAACGGGAAGACGACGCCGACGCCGACGCCGGCGCCGAAAGGCAGGGACGAGCUGGAAGACCUCGUGAACAUGCUCGAGGACGCGCGCAUGCGCCCGAUGAGCAUGACGGUCAUCCCAGACGAGAUAAUGGAGAUCCCAGACGAGAUCGAUUGAUGGCACUUCGUGUCCGUGUUCGUGUGGUAUCAGCGGGCAGGCCCACUGGUAUUGAAUAUUGGUAGCUUGUUGCUUUUUCGUCAAUUGUUUGGGACCGUGGCUGGCUGGGUCGGAUUGGGAUUGGGAUUGGACUUUGACUUUGACGUUGAAUGUAGAGGGGUUGUCUUGACCCGCGAGAGAAUGGGUGGAACGCAGAAGGAUACUUGGGGAUGUGCUAUAUCGCAAUACCUCACUCACUGACCAUGAUUGGUUGAUUGACCGUUUGCGCUGUCUCUAAGCCGCUAGCUAGAGUACGCUGUGCAGUCGCAUUCGUUCGUGCAGAUAAUAAUCAUCGUUGUUGAUUGCACAACUGGC